GUAACAUACGACACGGGAAGUAGACACCAGUUGAAGCUUCCAGCGUCCAAUAUUGUUAAGUGUGGUGAUCUUUGAGACGACCCCUAGUCACGACUGAUAACCUCAGUAAUCUUCAGGUUGAGAACAGAAUGGAACUACCGAAUUCAUUGUAACACACUUUCUUCAGUCGCAAGAUUGAAAAUGCCCGCCAAACGUCUUUAUUCAAGUGUCCUCGUGACCUUGGUGUUUAUUGGACAAUGCCUAUCACGUGACCAGUUGAGACUUCUGAGUUACACCAAGCUCGCGUCCUAUCCUGACCCCGCCCACCUGGCUCCAGUGUACAGGCUGCAUGGGGGAGCGGCUGCAGCAGGUGCCUACGAUGCGGAUGGCCAUGUACUUUAUGUUAUAGGGGACGUGUCACCUGUUGUCCACGUCCUUGACCUGUCUGACCCCGGAUCCCCACACCUGCUUGUCGACCACCUGUUCACGCCGACACAAGGUCAACCACGUGGGGUGGAUGUGUGUGGUGGGGAAUUGGCUAUUGUCAUGGCGUCAUCAUCCGAUGUUUAUGAGGGUCAUGUGAUGUUCUAUAAGACCUACAGUCAGGAUGUGAAGAAGUUGUGGUACCUCAGGACAGUGCCUGUCGGGUCCUCUCCAUCCCAUGUGCUGUAUUCGAGAGACUGCAAGACAUUGGUUGUCACAAAUGAAGGAGUCCCUGGAAAGGAUGCGUCCAACAAGUUUGUGGAUCCCGAGGGAUCAGUGACCAUCCUGAGAAAGGACAGAACGGACACAUGGUCAGAACAAACUAGUGACUUCAAGAAGUUCAACGGGAGAUCUGAUAUUCGCCACCCCUCUGCGUGUGUCAAUACAACAACCUCUGCAGCCAACUCCAGUCUGUCGCAGGAUCUACAACCGUCCUACUCUUCCAUCUCGCCCGAUGGCCACACCGUGUUCGUGUCCCUGCAGGACAAUAACGCCAUUGCGAGGGUAUCUGUGAGAGAGGGCGAGGUGACGGGCAUCUACAGUCUCGGCGCCAAGAACUGGAACCAGAGUCGGUUGGAUCCAAGCGACCAAGAUGGAGGCCCCAACCUCGCGAUGUACCCUAUCUACGGCAUGUACCAGCCCCGGGCGAUGAAGCUGCUGCAGAGGGGGAGCAGGGCGUACCUGGUGACGGCGGACGAGGGGAGGAUCAGGGAGUACAGCGUGGGGAGGCAUGGCUUCUCCUGGUCCGAGGCUGCAGCUGCUUCUGUAGGAUCUCUGCCAGCGGGAAUACAGAACAACACACUGGCGGAUAUGUUGAGGCGGCCUGACAAACUCGGUCGCCUAUUAAUCAGUAAAUGUGAUGUCAUCUCCCCGGGGAUUCACAACAUAAAGGCGUUUGGUGGGCGUGGCUUUUCCAUCUGGGACACUUCCCACCUGACCCACGGGCCUGUGUAUAACAGUGGGGGUGAGGUAGAGGAGGUCAAUCAACUGCUGCUUGACAAUGUCUUCAACACUGACGUCACUUCAUCUGUAACUUCAUCCCCAGAGAACAUGAGAGAUGCCAGUUCGAAAGAUUUUGGUCCCAAACUGAGUGCUCUGGAUGUAGUGGAGGACAAUGGGAAGACCUACCUGGUGUUGGGGAGUCACACCAUGGGGAGCCUGUACUUGUACACCGUGGACAUGGGCUCGCUGACCACGGAUCUCAACCACGUCUACAGGCAGGGCGGCACCAGGCAGACCAUGCAGGAUAUGUACAGGCAGGGCACUGCUGGCGACGUCGGUAUCUCGGACAUCAGGCUGAUCUCGUCCAGGCAAACCCCGGCCAACAAGACUCUAGCGGUAGUCAUCAGCAAUGGAUCAGGCACAGUGUCAGUGUAUGAGAUUGAACCUUCAUAGGGACACAAUAAACACCUCAAGCAUUUA